GGUUCCAGGUGAAUAACCAGCCUGCCAUGGAGGCUGCCAAUGAGUCUUCAGAGGGAACCCCAUUCAUUUUAUUGGGACUGACAACAAGUCCUGGACAGCAGCGGCCUCUCCUUGUGCUGUUCUUGCUCUUGUAUGUGGUCGGCCUCCUGCGUAAUGGACUCAUUGUGGCUGCCAUCCGGGUCAGUCCAGCCCUUCAUGCACCCAUGUACUUCCUGCUGGCCCACCUGUCCUUCGCUGACCUCUGCUUCACCUCCAUCACUGUGCCCAAGAUGUUGGCCAACUUGUUGGCCCAUGACCGCUCCAUCUCGCUGGCUGGCUGCCUGACCCAAAUGUACUUCUUCUUUGCCCUGGGGGUAACUGAUAGCUGUCUCCUGGCCGCCAUGACCUAUGACUGCUACGUGGCCAUCCAGCACCCCCUCCACUAUGCCACGAGGAUGUCCUGGGCCGUGUGCACAGCUCUGGUGGGGAUGGCAUGGCUGGUGUCCCACGUCCACUCCCUCCUGCAUAUCCUGCUCAUGGCUCGCUUGUCCUUCAGUGCUUCCCACCAAGUGCCCCACUUCUUCUGUGACCACCAGCCUCUCUUAAGGCUCUUGUGCUCCGAUACCCGCCACAUCCAGCUGCUUAUCUUCACCGAGGGCACCACGGUGGUGGUCACUCCCUUCCUGCUCAUCCUCACCUCCUAUAGGGCCAUUGCAGCUGCUGUGCUGCAGCUGCCCUCAGCCUCUGGGAGGCUCUGGGCUAUGUCCACCUGUGGCUCCCACCUGGCUGUGGUGAGCCUCUUCUAUGGGACAGUCAUUGCAGUCUACUUCCAGCCCACAUCCCGAUAUGAGGCAGAGCAGGGCCGUGUGGCCACUGUCAUGUACACUGUAGUCACCCCAUGCUGAACCCCGUCAUCUACAGCCUCCAGAAUCGCGAUGUACAGGGGCAGUCCGAGCCCUUCUCAUUGGGCGAAGGAUCUCAGCUAGUGACUCCUGAGGGCAGGACCCCACCGAGGACAGACCACAUCACCCAC